ACGUGUAUGUAGGGGCCUGUGUUUAGUGCUCUACUAUCGGAGAACUGCAGAGCCCAAAUUUAAUUGUUCAAACGUAACAAUUCGCGAGUGCGCACUGAAGGCGGACGUUGGAUUUAACCGCUUAAUGAGAGGAGGUGUUGGACAGUUCCGACAGUUUGCAAGAGCGUUACGCACAAGAUGAACACAAGUGAUUCAAGUUGCUCCACGGACACCUCAAAGACUUCAGAGAAAAUUAAGAGGCCAUUAAACGCCUUUAUCCUCUGGUCCAAGAAAAGGAGGAGGGUCAUCGCUAACGAAAAUCCACAGAUGCACAACUUUGACAUCAGUAGAAAACUAGGCUUGGAAUGGCAAAAACUGUCCGAGGACGAGAAAGCGAAUUACUUUGAAGAAGCCAAGCGUUUGAAAGAGGAGCAUAAACAACAAUAUCCUGAUUACAAAUACCAACCAAGAAAACGUGAUAAAACAAACAAAAGAAACAAGCUUCUUCACGGGACGCCGUUUCAGUUCAGCUUCUAUCCACACGACACCACAGGGUUCUUCGAUAGCAGGUACCACUUCUCAGUGCCUGACUCGAGGCCAUCGUUUCCUGCAGAACCCUUGCUACCUCACGGAGAACACGCUGCGGCGAGCAGCGAGGAUCAUAUAACACACAGCACUCACGCAAAACCAACACACUCGGAUCACAGUACCCACAGUGUCAUUUACCAGAGCUUCCGGCCUCAGUCUUGCGAUGGAUUUGUACCUUACAGGAGUUUGGAGCCUCCAUACAUGCCUCUGCGGCCCAAUUUUGACUUCUCACAUCUCAACUGGUACGGUUCGUCUUCGGCGUCCAGCCGCAUAGCCCCUGUACCGUACUGUAGUCGAAUGUACCCGUGGCACGCGGCGCGUCAAACCGAUUUCCACUCGUGAGAACGGCGCGCCACGAACUCUUGAAACCUAGCGAGUUUACCAAAGAAAGAAACAUUUGAAGGUAUAGUAGAGAUAUAGAGACAUUAUUUGGCAAUUUAGGAUGUAAAAAUGCAAGCAGAGACAUUAUUAAAUUUAUUGCUGAUCAAAACGACGUUGAAAUUGUUAGUUUAAUUGGUGAAGACACUUCUAAAGUACCUCAUGAUUACUUCAAUUUCACUUUGCGGGCAUCCCAUCGUCUUAAGUAGACGCAAAAACCAAAUGCAGAAGCUAAUAGCAAACGGAAGUGGCUUUUCGCUUAUUGUCAUUGUUUCUUUUAACUAUUUUGUAAAGUACAGUAACUUAAAUCCAACGCGGUACUUUACAUUUUGUUAAAAGCUGUUAGCAAAUAUACCGACGUGUACAGUUUAGUUCAUCUACUCGUUGUCCCGUAUUUCAAUGUUUUUGUAGAAACUCAUACUUCCACUUAAAUUUAUGGACGUUGAAUCAUUGUACGAAGUAUUAUUAUAAAAAUCAAAGUUUUCGAUUACACUAAAUCGCUUAGUUAAUGAAAAGUCAAUUUUUACUCAUUUAAGAACGUUAUAAGGCUGUAAAUUGACUAGAUGGCAGUCAAUUUUUUAACUAGCCGCUAACAAACGGAAAAAAGUAACUGGCGCUUUGUCUUGACUGACCCACUCAUCUGAGCAUCAAGUAUUCUCCUCUCUGCGAGCUUAACUGAGUAAAUUUUGAGUGAAGAAAGCGGUAUUUUGUAGAACCCAAGUGCUAAUACACGUGGCAAGUACAUAGAAUAAUACUUCAGUAAUUGGACAGGGUGCAAAAGUUGCGCAAAUGUUCAGCCCAUUUAUGUGUGAGCCGGCGGCUUUGAAGAAAUUACAGGAAAACGUAUUUCACUUUUAUUCAGUAAUUCUCAACACCUAAUCCUUUAUUUCACCUUUCGAUAAACGCAUAAAACCAGUCGGCAUACGGAAGAUGUAAAAGUUUCAUUAAAUCGUUUCACGGCUACAUAUAGAGUCAACAAACUACAAACACAUCCUGACAUGCUAAAUAAAACACGAUGCGAGGCUGAAGUUCUGUUGCUAGCAGUAAGCUCUGUGAUAAAGAGCACUGUCUCGGGCUUUAUAGAGAUAUAAAAGGCUUUCUCUAAGCUGUUGGUGUACUCAGAAACUUGGACAAUAAUCUCCAAUGUAGGUUAAAGUAUGAGCCACGGGAGAAAGAAGGAAAAAUUCUAUAGCAACCUUUAAUCGACACAAGCUACGAGUUUAUUUAAUUUUUAUUAGAAACCUACAGUACUGAUUUUUUUGUGGAAUCUGACUUAUGCAUAAAUGCUCGAAAUCUACCUAGUUUCUCUAAAUUAGAGAACGUUUUCAUGUAAGGAUUAGCUUUUAAAUUCAGAUUAUUAUAUCGAAACAUAUAAUGUAUGUCUUAAAGGUAAAAUAAAGCAAUUGUUCAGCGCUCCUCA